AAAAAAUGGAAAAGGGAAAAAUAGAAAUGAAAACGGUUUAACUUGGAGGAGGGGUCAAGAUUAGGCGACAAUAUCGAUGGUCCAAUCAAUCUAUAAUCCUCCAUUCCCUCUUUGUAUAUAAAUAAAUAAAAGCCCACACCACAUCUUUCUACACUCAUCCACAAAACCAUCUCUGUCUCUAUCUUUACACUCCGACCGUGUUUUUUUCGUUUGUUCGUCUCAUACUCGUGAAUAUGUCUUGCUACAAGGGAAAGUACGCCGAUGAGCUCAUUGCCAAUGCCCACUACAUUGGCACCCCUGGCAAAGGCAUCUUAGCAGCCGACGAAUCAACCGGCACAAUCGGCAAGCGCCUCUCAAGCAUCAACGUCGAGAACGUCGAGUCCAACCGAAGGGCCCUUCGCGAGCUCCUUUUCACUGCCCCCGGCGCCCUUCAGUACCUCAGUGGCGUCAUCCUCUUCGAGGAAACUCUUUACCAAAAGACAGCUGCUGGCAAACCCUUUGUCGAUGUUCUGAAGGAAGGCGGUGUCCUCCCCGGAAUCAAAGUCGACAAGGGCACAGUCGAGCUCGCCGGCACCAACGGCGAGACCACCACACAAGGCCUCGACGGGCUCGCCCAGCGCUGCCAGAAGUACUACGAGGCCGGGGCCCGUUUCGCCAAGUGGCGGGCCGUCCUCAAAAUCGGGCCCAACGAGCCCUCCCAGCUGGCGAUCAACGAGAACGCAAACGGGCUGGCCCGAUACGCCAUCAUCUGCCAGGAAAACGGGCUUGUCCCUAUAGUGGAGCCCGAGAUACUCGUCGACGGGCCCCACGACAUUGACAGGUGUGCUGAUGUCACCGAACGGGUCCUAGCGGCCUGCUACAAGGCGCUAAACGACCAUCAUGUCCUUUUGGAGGGUACCCUUUUGAAGCCCAAUAUGGUGACGCCUGGGUCGGAGUCUGCCAAGGUGGCGCCUGAGGUGGUGGCCGAGUACACAGUUCGGGCCCUGCAGCGCACGAUGCCGCCAGCUGUCCCGGCUGUGGUGUUUUUGUCGGGUGGGCAGAGUGAAGAGGAGGCUACGCGGAACCUCAAUGCUAUGAACAAGCUCAAGACGAAGAAGCCGUGGACUCUGUCGUUCUCGUUUGGGCGGGCCUUGCAGCAGAGCACGCUCAAGGCAUGGGCUGGGAAGGAAGAGAAUAUUCCCAAGGCCCAAGAGGCCUUGCUGGCGAGGUGCAAGGCGAACUCGGAGGCGACACUUGGGACGUAUGAGGGUAGCGGUAGCCUGAGCGAGGGUGCAUCGGAGAGUCUUCAUGUCAAGGACUACAAGUAUUAGGUUUGUGAUGGUGGGUUUUUUGGGGGGGCUUGCUUUUUGUGGAGGUUUAUGCUGUUGCUAGACUGUGUUAUGGUGUGUUUGUGUUUUUGUGUUUUGUUUUCCGAGACUAUUUGCUACAUUAAUUUCUGAGGAGUUUCUUUUGGCUUUGUUCUUUUUGUGGUAAUCAUCUAUCAUCGGUGAAAACUAGUGUUAUGUCAAUGGUUUUCAGAUGACUUCCCUUGUCAGUAGUACAAGUGGGAAAUUGCAGCUCAACAUGUGGAGGAGAACUUGGAGACUUAAGAUAAAACAUAAAUUAAAACACUUUGUGGAAGAGUAUAAAUAAUGCACUGCCCUUUAUGAAUAAUUUGUGGAGAAGGAAAGUUAAGGAGAGUGACAGAUGUGAAGUUUGCGGGGAUGAAUCAGAGCUCACAUGUUUUUUUCUUGUGCUAGAGCUCAAAAAGUUUGGAAGUUAUCACCUUUGUGUUGGGAUGGCUGUGAGGAUUACCAGUAGGUAAAUGGUGGUCUAAAAUUUGUUCAGGCCCUAAUACUGUUAUUUAUAAUGAUAGAUUGGAGUUAACGGUGUAUAUAUUAUGGUGGCUAUGGAAGACUAUAUAUUAUGGUGGCUAUGGAAGACGAGAAAUUUGUGGGUGUUUUAAAGGAUUUGGAUAGACGAGGUUGAGGUGGUGAACAAGGCUUGUUUGGAAUGGCAGGAGUUCAAUCAGAUUAGUGUAUAGGGAGGGGAAGAGUUUUCUUUUAUGUUUAUCUUUUUCUUGUACAGCUUCUGUUUUUGGGUCUUGGAAAGUUUAGAUGCUAGGGAUCCCAUGGGGAUAUCCAGUAGUAGUUCUUCUUCUCGUUGUACAGUUUGGUUUGUAUAUUUCUUUUCUGUUUCUGGUAGAUUAGGGGUUGCUGUUUUUUUGUGGGGUUCAUUUUUCUUUUAUUUGCUAGUUGUGUGUUGCUAGUGCUGCUUGGGCCCUGGUUUUUUGUUACGAUUGAGGGUGGGGGUGCUUUUGAUUUCUUUUGAUUUUUUUGUUCUAGAUUCUGGUUUAGAUUUUGUUUAUGUUUGUUUACUGCCUUUUUUUGGGGGUCUUAGUCUUUUGGUAAAUUAUGUAAACCCAAGAGAAGUGUGUAUUGUAACUCUUUUUGACGUUG